UCUUUAUUCGGAUCCAGGAUAAUAUCUAAAUUAUAGUUGUCAUAAUGGUCAACUUUUACAGUGCUGUCUGGAGCUUCUUGCUCUUAUCAAGCUCCGUGUGGGGCUACGCUAAUCCCGGGGCAUGCUCCGGUACCUGCGUGAAUACGCACGAUCCGUCUAUCAUUCGGCGAUCCGAUGGCACUUACUUUCGAUUCUCUACCGGCGGCAAGAUUGCCGUCCACACCGCCCCCGAUAUCACCGGACCUUGGACGUAUAAAGGUGCGGCCCUUCCGUCUGGUUCAUCAAUUAAUCUCGGUGGAAAUCAGGAUCUUUGGGCACCCGAAGUCGCACUAAUUGGUAAUACAUAUUAUCUGUACUACUCCGUCAGUACGUUCGGAGUUCAAGACUCUGCCAUUGGCGUUGCGACGUCUUCCAGUCUAGAUGUGGGUACUUGGACUGAUCUGGGGUCCACCGGAAUCCGAUCAUCAUCUGGCAAAGCAUACAACGCUAUUGACCCCAACCUGAUCAAUGUUAAUGGGGCUUAUUACCUUACUUUUGGUAGUUUCUGGAAGGAUAUCCACCAAGUAUCAAUGAAGAGCCCGCCGAAAACUGUAGCGAGUGAUAGCACUGCCUACCAAGUCGCUUACGAUUCUGUCAAAACUGAUGAGGAGGGCGCCUUUAUCUUCAAGCAUGGGAACUACUACUAUCUCUUUUACAGCAAAGGUCAAUGCUGCGGUUACGACUCAAACAAGCCAGCAGCCGGUGGGGAGUAUAAGAUCAUGGUCUGCCGAUCCACCUCAGCUACUGGUGGUUUCGUGGAUGCUAGUGGCAAGGCUUGCACCAAUAGUGGCGGUACCGUGGUCUUGGAAUCACACGGAAACCUCUAUGGGCCUGGCGGGCAAGGCGUGUAUGAUGACCCAACGCAUGGGCCUAUUCUCUACUACCACUACGUCAACACCAACAUAGGAUACGCAGAUGGGCAGAAGCAAUUUGGUUGGAAUACAAUUGACUUUUCUAGCGGUUGGCCUGUUGUGUAACUUGGGAGUAGAGCGUGCCACACAGUCUUGUGUAUACAUUACGCAGGUUAGAAGACAGCCACCGUAAUUAAAUUCGAACCCCCUAUAUCCCCCUGGACCCAACCCAUCAUACACCCAAACUUGAAGUGGCCCGUUGUUUUCUCUAGUAGCCGUCCUGCUUUUGCCGCUGUGAAGUAAGGUUUUGGUCGACGAUAGGCUUGUAGUGUCAGUAUUUGAUACUAGGAAAUAUGUUAGAUAAUUCCAGUUAGUAAUGGUAAGAACUCUUGCGCACCUAGAUAUUUAAUUGAUUCAACGUCUCA